UGAGAGCUUUAAAAAGCCCAGCAGCCCCUGGCAGGCUGGUAGAAGCGGAGUGAGGUGCGGCGGGUGAGAGCGAGUUUGGGGCGCAGUGGGUGGUUCUUCGGGCUAAAGGGCGGCGAAAUCCUUGCCCUCCACUUCGACUCUGAUUUGGAUUUGUAAAGAGGCUCGGAGCCGCUCGGCUUUCUCUUUCUUCGCCACCGCCGGGCGAAGGAACCUGCCCGCUCCUUUAUCCAUAGUCGCCGCUGCCGCCACCAUGUCCAACGUGCACCUCUCUAGCGCCUCGGCUUUGGAGCGCCUGGCGGCUCGCCGGACUUUCCCCUUGCACGCUCGCACCGGGGUGUGCAGGAACCUGUUUGGUCCCGUGGAUCACGACGAGCUCAACCGGGAGCUGAAGAGCAAGUUGCGGGAGAUCUGCGAAGAGGGCCAGAGGCGCUGGGGCUACGAUUUCCAAACCGAGACGCCGCUGGCCGGUUCGGGCAGGCUACAGUGGGAAGAGGUGGACGGAGAAUCCGUGCCCGCUUUCUACAGGGAAACGCUACAGGUUGGGAGGUGCCGCUUCCCGGUGCUGACGGUCCGAUCGACGCCUCCGCCUGGCGAUGGGGAGGCGUCCCUUGAGCCUGAACCCCGAGACCCUCACCAGGAGCUGGCAGGGCUUUCUUCGACCCCGUCCCCGCUUAGCCCGCAGGACAACACGGCCGCCUUGGAAGGCACGACGUCGGCAGGCGACGAACGCCUCAGCCAGGAGGACAAGGCCGACCAGCGCCACAGCUACUCAGGGAUUAUAAUCAAGCCUGUCCCGUGUGUCGCUGCAGCUCUUAAAAGAGCAUCGUCAACCGGCGUAGCUCACAUCACAGAUUUCUUCGCCAAGCGGAAAAGAGUCGUAGACAGAGUGGCCGGGGAUCAUAGCAGCCCGUUGGCAACUUCGGUCACAGCGGUGCCUAACGAGCAGACACCCCGGAAAAGGCUCCGAUGAACGAGAUUUUGCACUAUAUAACACCGAAGUGAUUGUUUCCUUGGAAACACAAGAACUUGAGAGGCCCUUCCUCUCUCUGUGUGUGUCAAAGGGGCUGGCGAGUGAGACCAGACCAGCGUAAGGAAGAAGAGUCGCCUGUUUGUUUUUUCGCUCCUCCUCUUCUAACUCGUGCCCCGAAGGAACUGCUUGAACCUCCAUGUAGCAAAAGUGGCUGACUACAAGUUGCCUGACGAGCAGUGUUAAUUUACAACUGUGCAAUGUAUUAUGUUUAUAUAUAUAUAUAUAUAGAUAUAUAGAUAUAUAUAUAUAAAAUGUAUUAUGCCUAAUGUGAGUACACUGGCCAGAAGUGUAAAAGCUUUAAAGUCACCUAUAUAAAAUGUUUAAUCUCUGCUGAAUUCUCAGUGCAAAACAAAAACAAAACCCCACAAAAAAAGUAUAAUUUGUAAAAAAAAAAUGCAAACAACUUAAAAAGAAUUAUUAUACUAACUUAUAUUUUCUAUUUAUGUCAAAGGGUGGAUAACUUUGGUUUGACACCCAGUAGUGAGCUUUUGUGUUUUUCCCCAAUUUGGUUAAGCCAAAGGGCACUAUAUAUUUGCUUUUUGUUGUUAUUUACAAAAAUGUAAAUUUAUUUUUAUAGUGGGAUUUUGCAUUCACAAAAUGUAGCGAUGAAUCAAAAUUACAUUUAGUUAUACUUGAAAGAAACCUGAUAAUGGUUCCUGAGCUGGUCUGUACCACUGCCAUCCCAAACAUGCUACAAUGUUAAAAUAAAAAGGAAUCAAGUGUCUGUUAA